GGCAGUGGUACGCUCCGCCGGCGGGGCCGUGUUCCCGCCUUCGGGGGAGCGCGCGGGCUCCUUCAGGUGCCUCUGAGGGCACGGGGGGGUUGUGGGGAUCCGGGAAACGAUGGGAAUGUUUGAAACGCCUCUUACUGAAUAGUAACUACACUUAGUUGAGAAAAAAAUGAAUCACAGUGAUGAAGAAACUAUGAAAAAGAACAGUGUGGUGAACCUUGAUAAACUUUUAGAUGACUUCUCAGAGAUAGAAAAGAAAAUAUCAGAAAUUAACGAAGCAAAUAACCUACUGAUUCAUCAGCUGGAAAAAUGUAACAGGUUGCUAACAUUAAGCCAAUCAAAGGAGGAAUCAGUAAAAGAAGAAUGCACUACUCUACAGAAUGUGAUAAGUGGUCUAACACAAACCAUUGAAAACCAGUGUAAUGUCAAAGAUGAAAAUGAUAGACUGAAGGAUACCAUUCACACCUUGGAAGAUAAAUUAAAGGCUUCUGAAGAGGAAUAUAAAGAUCAGAUUGAGAAACUCAUGACAGAAAUUAAAAACAAAGAGGACGACCAUAAAUUAGAAAUAACACAGUUGAAUUGCGAUAUAAGGAAAAAAUUUGAAGUAAAAGAAAUGGAGUAUAGAGAAGAGAGAGAGAAAAAAGAACUGGAAAUACUAGAGCUAACGAGACAGCUGAAAAUUCAAAAUGAAGAGAAGCAAAAUGAAAUAAUUAAACUGCAGAUAGAGUUCAAUGCUAAAUUAGCAAGAGCUCAGGAUAAAACCACCAAGUCAUUUUCAGAUGCUUCUGUCUUGCCACAAAGUAUCUAUCGAAGGAAGCUGCAGCAUCUCCAGGAGGAGAAAAACAAGGAAAUUGAAUUUCUCCGAAACACCAUAAGAGACUUAGAACAACGUCUUCAUAAAGGCCCAGACUUGCACUUAAAACGGAAGCGAUUUUGAGUAAAUGACAUGAAGUAUUUCAGUAGUGCAUACAAUGCAAAAUACAGAUAGUGUAUUUCAAACUGUGUAUCUCAAAGUCAAAACAAUAUGUGAAGAUAGUAUUUUUUUAUUGAAAACACUCUUGUCAAAUAUUCCAAAGGCAUGCACUCUGUGUAUAUGCAGGGCUACACUCUUGCUAAUCAGCAUUCACAAUAAAAAGACUCAGGUUUUGUAGGAGUAAUAAUUUCCCUAUCAAACCAUCAUUAAUUAUGGUGUAUGCUUUCAUAGCAGUUUUCCUUUCAUAAAUAUUUUCUUCAUCCAGAAAUCCUUCAAACAACUGGUUUUACUUCCAUUCAGUUAAUCCAACAUUAGAAAUGCUAAGCUACAGACAGAGAAAUUAUACAAGUUUCAGUGGUAUGUUAUCUUACUAAUUGAUACAGAUUUAUCAAAUUCAGCACAGUUAUAAACAAAGAUAAACAUUAUACUAAGAUUAAACUCAUUUUAUCCCUCCCUCUUAUUGAUUCUGACACUGAUUCUGCAUGAAGAGCUGUUAACACUGCUUCUCUCUUUAGGCAUGAUCUUACUGAUUUAGUAGGAUUAUGUAUUAAUGGACCCUUUUAUUGUAUCUAAGCCAAAAAAGUUAAGCAUAUAAAUCUGUUACUUUAAAAUAAUUCAGUUACUGUUUGUAUAUUACAUUUUCAACAAAAAGUUAUUUUGUCACAUUGCUUAGGAGUAAGUUUUUUGUGUACAUAGUUUGUAUCCCCAGGUUAGGAAAAAAACUAACUGAACUUUUGAAUAAAAAGUGAUUAAACUAUC